AUGGCUUCCCUAGUUCGAAGUUUAUGGCUAUGGGUUCUGGCUCUGGCAGUCGUACUCGUGGCCGCAGAGGUUCAACCACGCUCAGGCAGCUUGCUUACAGUCCUUACGAGUCUUGAGGAUGAACUCCCAUCGUGUGCGUAUACGUGCUUCUCUACGCACGCAUCCACGCGGAAUUGCAGUACCGUCGAAGAGUUCAUCACCUCCGAUGUCACGACUUGCUUGAACUCAGCAUGUACCACACAUGAGUACCUAUCCGCUGAGAAGCUCAUCACUACAACAUGCGGUACCGUAGAGCGGAACACUCAAGCUUCGAUUAGAGCCAUCGCUUGGACACUAUGGGCCUUCGCUACCUUCUUCCUUUCAGGGCGCUUGCUCGCCCGCACCGCGUUCUUUGGCGGAAUGUCCCUCGGCUGGGACGACUGGGCCAUUGUGCUUUCUUGGGUAGUGCUUACGGGAGUUACUGUUGGAGCCGAGUUGAUGGUUGUCUUUGGCCUCGGCAAAGAUAUGUGGACUCUUGACGAUACGCACAUUAACAUUGUUUUGAUUCUCUUCUACGUUGCCGAAUUUGCCUACGUCAUCGAGUCGACCAUUACAAAAGUUUCGAUCCUUUUGUUAUACCUUCGCAUUUUCCCCGAUCGCCAGUUCCGAAAGCACAUUUACGUUCUCAUGGGCAUCAUGGCACUAUUCUGCGUUGCCUUUGUUGUCACCCUGCUCACAUAUUGCAUGCCAUUCGCCUUCACCUGGGAGCGUUGGGAUAAUCAGAAGACGGGCACAUGUAUCAACAUGAAUGCUCAAACCUACACUUGCGCGGCGCUCAACAUUGUUCUCGAUCUCAUCAUUUUCUUCAUCCCCAUCCCACAACUCAUGAAGCUCGAUUUGACCCUGAAGAAGAAGGCGGGUAUCAUUCUUACGUUCCUGGUCGGCCUGUUUGUCACCAUCUGCAGUAUGAUCCGCCUGAGAGCCUUGAUUGGGUGGACGGAGAGCACAAACUCAACAAUGGACUUUGCCAAACUCGCCGCCUGGUCGCUUGUGGAGCUCGACGUCGGCGUCAUUUGCGCCUGCAUGCCGGGAAUGGCCGGCCUAUUCAGACGCCUCAAGAAGCGCGGUACCGAUUAUAUCCGGUCGAGAUCCAGCAACAACGCCUCAAUGGCGCUCGACACAUUUAAUGGCACCAAGGGAGGAGGUCCCGCUAUCACAAAGACUACCAUCAUCUCGGUGAAGCGAACACACCACGACAACGACACCAACUCUGUGGGCAGCGAGUCGGAGCUCGAGCUGGUCGACAAGUCCAAGGGGACGUACAAUUAUUCUACACGCCAAUUUGGGAACUCCAUGGUAUAG